AUGAAACCUAUGCCCUUUCAGAAGAUCUGUAAUAAUAUGAUUGGGGUGUUAAAGCGUUUGAAGCCAGUGCUUGAUGAUGUCAUGGACCACCAAAUCCCGUCUGAUGUUAAUCUAUGUAAAGAGUGUGAGGAAUUGGAUACACGUGUUAACGAAGCUAGAGAUUUCAUUGAAAGAUGGAGUCCAAAGAUGAGCAAGAUUCACAGUGUUCUGCACGGUGGUACAUUGUUGAUCAAGUUACAGAGCACUUCACUAGAUAUCUGUCACAUGAUAGUUAGAUCGUUACAGUCACCUCCAUCUGCAUCAGUUUUGGCUAAUCUCCAGCACUAUAUCCAGGAACUUCAGUGUCUCAAGAAGGAAAUUGCAAUGGUCUACAUAGAAGAAGCACUGAGAAACCAAAGAGAUCAUAUUGAACCAUGCAAGGAGCACCUCAAGGAAAUUAUCGAGCUACUUAAAUUGACAUCAAAUCAGGAGCUCUUCAAAGAAAGUAUUGCUGUGGAAAAGGAAAGGUUGAACACGGAAGCCAAUAAAAUGAUAGCGGACAUUGAAGAAAUUAAUGAAAUUGUGAAUCUUGUUCGCAGUUUGCGGGAUUAUGUGAUGAAAACUGAUUGCCCUGUAGUCAAGAGUGGUCUCUCAAUCCCUCCAUACUUCCUUUGUCCUUUAUCGUUGGAACUCAUGUUGGAUCCUGUUAUUGUGGCUUCAGGUCAAACAUACGAGAGGCAAUCCAUCCAAAAGUGGCUUGAUCAUGGGCUGACAGUUUGUCCCAAAACUCGUCAGAGACUUAUUCAUACAAAUCUCAUUCCCAAUUAUACUGUCAAAGCUAUGAUAGCAACUUGGUGUGAGGAAAAUAAUGUCAAACUUUCUGGUAACUCUGAGCACAAUAAAUCUGCCUGUAUCACAUCCCCCUCGGAUAAUUUAUUGCCACAAGAUUUAACUCAUGAUUGCUGUGUUGGGUCUUUAUCUAGUAGCAAUUCCAUUUCAAGAUCAUCUUUUCAAACUGAAAAUGCAUUUGAAAAGAAUAAGGACGAUAACUCUUUCAGAUUAUCUGGAGAAUACAAUGGAUGCCAGAGUGGAGCAGCUGAAAAGUGUGAACAACAGUCCCCAAAUACUCACAGUAGAAGUGAAUCAUUUUCAAGUUCAAUUUCUAGUACUGAUUGUGCACUUGCACUUUCAAAAGAUGCGUCGGGGAUAUCCAAUAGGCAUCAAAAUGUGAAGGUGCUGUCUGGAGAAAUCACAAAUAUCUGUCCUUCUCCUGGUAACAAACAAUCAGGGAUAUCUCCUCCGUCGUUUGCAAAGCCAUUUCUAAACCCUGGAUCAAAUGUGAGAUUGUUGGACAAUGGAAAUAAUCAGCAUAAUAAUAAUAAUAGUCCUUCAAGAUUUAAUUCCCAUUCUGUUUUCAACUCCACAUCAGAUGAAUUGACAUCCUCAUCUCAUGUCAUUAGAUUGAUUGAAGACCUUCACAGCCAAUCAGUUGAAACGCAAACUACUGCUGCAGAAGAAUUGAGGCUCCUUACAAAGCAUAACCAGGAAAACCGUAUCAUUGUAGGGAAGUGUGGGGCUGCCAUGCCUUUGCUUUCAUUGCUAUAUUCAGAUAUGAAGGUAACACAAGAGCAUGCUGUGACAGCUCUACUGAACUUAUCAAUUAAUGAAGAGAACAAGGCCUUGAUCAUGGAAGCAGGAGCCAUAGAACCUCUUAUCCAUGUUUUGAAGACAGGAAAUGAUAGUGCCAAGGAGAAUUCUGCGGCAGCACUAUUCAGCCUCUCAGUAAUUGAGAACAAUAAGGCAAGAAUUGGCCGUUCUGGAGCGGUUAAAGCUUUGGUUGAUCUUCUUGCCUCAGGGACUCUUAGAGGAAAGAAGGAUGCUGCUACUGCUUUAUUUAACCUGUCAAUAUUUCAUGAGAAUAAAGCUCGUAUAGUUCAGGCUGGAGCAGUGAAAUUUCUGGUUCAGUUAAUGGACCAUGCUGGUGGAAUGGUAGAUAAGGCUGUUGCUCUUCUCUCAAACCUGUCAACAAUUCCAGAGGGCCGAUUAGAAAUUGCAAGGGAAAGGGGUAUCCCCUUGCUUGUUGAAGUUGUUGAGUCAGGUUCCCAAAGGGGAAAGGAAAAUGCUGCCUCCAUUCUCUUGCAAUUAUGCCUUCAUAGUUCUAAGUUCUGUAAUCUGGUUUUGCAAGAAGGAGCUGUCCCUCCCCUAGUUGCAUUGUCAAUAUCUGGUACACCCAGAGCAAAGGAAAAGGCACAACAGCUUCUCAGCCAUUUUCGCAAUCAGCGGGAAGUAGCUGCUUCUGGGAAGGGGAAAUCAUGA